GUCCGUAGACUACCUCUCCACUCCAGUCCAUUGGAUAGAGGUGUAUUUUUAUAUCUUGUUUGUUUACUUGAUUCCGCCGUUUGCAGCGUUCCGGCAUGCGUCCAUAACUAUGUUGGCGUGCCGGUCCAAAGGUGGCUCAGUCGAACCGGGUCUUAGUGAUGCCGUAGCGUCGCGUUGCGUGCGACAGAGCAAGCAAACCUAUCGCAAAGUUUCGCUAUUGUACAGCAGAUGAGUGCGCGUGGACUUUAGGACAGUCCAGUACGUCAGGACACCUCAGCCUGUCCUCCUGACUACACUACUUUGUUGGGAUCCUGAGUUUAGCUUUGUUUUGGGGACAUUGUUCGUCGUCAGUCAAACACGGAGGACUUUUCGUCGUGUCCGCGGACAGGUUUAGUGGAUUUACCGUGUGUCCAAGGAAACGGGAGAUUACACGCUGAUGCUGUUGAGGUGAUUCCUGAAGCCUUUCUGAGUCCAUCUCUCUUAAACGGCUCCAUCUCUACAUGUGCCGGGAGCAGCACGGAUUUAGCGGACCGCUGUGCUGACAGACUUGGUGACAUUAGGAACUCCUGCCUUGGUUCUCACCAGUGUAUCUGAUGGAUCUCAGGCUUGCCUCAUUGACGCUCUGUACACUACUGGUUCUCCUGACCUCUGGGCCACAGCCAUCCAUUGGACAGAAGGUUUACACCAACACAUGGGCCGUCCACAUUGAGGGAGGAGAGGAGGAAGCCGAUCGGAUUGCUGAAAAGCAUGGCUUUGUGAACCACGGGAAUGUAUUUGGAGAUUAUUAUCACUUCAGGCACCGCACGGUGGUGAAAAGGUCUUUAUCAGAGCACAGAGGAACACACAUUCGUCUGCACACAGAACCCCAGGUAAUGUGGGCAGAACAGCAGGUGGUGAAACGAAGAAAGAAGAGGGAUGUUUACUAUGAGCCCACCGAUCCCAAGUUUGCACAGCAGUGGUACUUGUACAACCAAGACCAUCUUGACCUCAACGUGAAAGAUGCCUGGAAGCAGGGUGUCACUGGACAAGGGGUCGUCGUGUCCAUAUUGGAUGAUGGCAUUGAAAAAAACCACCCAGAUCUGGUUCAGAACUAUGACCCAGAUGCUAGCUACGAUGUUAAUGAUGGCGACCCGGACCCUCAACCUCGAUACACCCAACUCAACGAUAACAGGCACGGGACGCGUUGUGCUGGAGAGGUCGCUGCUGUGGCCGAUAAUGACAUCUGUGGUGUCGGAGUGGCCUAUAAUGCCAAGAUCGGAGGGGUGCGUAUGCUGGAUGGAGAAGUCACUGAUGUGGUGGAGGCUCAGUCUCUCAGUCUCAACCCACAACACAUUGACAUCUACAGCGCCAGUUGGGGACCUGAAGAUGACGGCAAAACUGUGGAUGGACCUGCAAAAUUGGCCAAAGAGGCUUUCCAACGCGGCGUAAUAGAGGGCCGUGGUGGACGUGGGUCCAUCUUUGUGUGGGCUUCGGGGAACGGUGGCCGCAUGAAGGACAGCUGCAAUUGCGACGGCUACACCAAUAGCAUCUACACGCUGUCCAUCAGCAGCAGUACGCAGAACGGCAACGUGCCCUGGUACAGCGAGGCCUGCUCAUCCACCCUCGCCUCAACCUACAGCAGCGGAGGCGUCAAUGAGAAACAGAUUGUCACUACAGACCUAAGGCAGAAGUGCACAGACUCCCACACCGGCACCUCGGCUUCAGCCCCUCUGGCAGCAGGAAUCAUCGCCCUUGCCCUGGAGGCCAAUAAAAAUCUUACCUGGAGGGACAUGCAGCAUCUGGUUGUGAGGACGUCCAACCCUGCCCACCUCACCACCAAUGACUGGAAGAUAAAUGGAGUGGGUCGGCGAGUAAGCCAUUCUUAUGGAUAUGGUCUGCUGGACGCUGGGGCGAUUGUAGCCUUAGCAAAGAACUGGACAAAUGUGGGACCUCAGCAUAAAUGUGUCCUUUCCUUGGUGUCUGAGCCCAGGAAUAUCGGGAGUCAUUUGGUCAUCAACAAGACUGUGGAUGCAUGUACUGGAAUGGCCAACUUUGUGAGCUCAUUAGAGCAUGUUCAGGCUCAGCUGACCCUGUCCUACAACCGCAGAGGAAACCUGGCCAUCUAUCUGAUCAGCCCACAGGGGACCCGCUCCACACUGCUUCCUCCCAGACCUCACGAUUACUCCUCUGAGGGCUUCAAUGACUGGGCUUUUAUGACCACCCACUCCUGGGAUGAAGACCCUCGUGGAGAAUGGACGCUGGAGAUCAAAAACGUGGCUGGAACCAGUGACUAUGGCACCCUGACUCAGUUCACGCUGGUUCUCUACGGCACAGCUUCUGGUUUAUCCAGCUCCUCAAUGGCAGACUCCAGCCAGACAGCAGACAGCAGCUGCAAAACCUACGACCUCAAUCAGAUCUGCACAGAGUGUAACCCGGCUUCUACCUGUACCAGAAGGGCUGCGUAAGAGACGUCCAGCCGUUUUCACCCCAGGCUCCCGUCCCCACUAUCCUCAAUAACGAAGCUGUCAUCCGUC